AUGGAAACCAGAAAUACUAUCCGAAUCAACUUCGUGAAAGUACCUUCCGAGCUGAAAGAUUUGGUAUCAAAGGUUCCUGGAAAUUCUCGCUUCAGCGAAAGACAUGGUCAUAUCCUCGAUUUGGUUACCUCAGGUUUCGAAGAAGAAACGAUGAGCGUGUUGUUUCAAUUCUUUGACCCCGAGCAUCAUUGCUUCACGUUCCCCGAUUAUCAGUUGGUACCCACUAUGGAAGAAUUUUCUGAGACGCUUCAGAUCCCUAUUGGAAAUCAACUACCAUUCACUGGUUUAGAGAAGAUUCCGAAGUCUGAAGUCAUUGUCGCUGCUUUACAUCUGAAGAAGUCUGAAAUUGAGAAUAAUUGGGAAACAAGGAGUGGGGUCGAGGGCUUCCUCGCUAAGUUCUUAAUUGAUAAGGCACGAUCAUUCUCGGAUUCCAUGAGUUAUCAUGCUUUCGAAGACAUAUUGGCUUUGCUCAUCUAUGGUUUGGUGUUGUUUCCAAAUCCUGACCAGUUCGUAGACGUGCACGCCAUCAAGAUAUUUUUGACUCACAAUCCCGUGCCUACUUUGCUUGGAGAUAUUCUACACUCACUUCAUACUCGUACAAUGAAGAAGCGGGGGACUCUCAUGUGUUGUAUACCUUUUCUGUCUAGGUGGUUUAUUUCGCACCUUCCUCGAUCAGUAAUGAGGAAUGACCAAGGCCAGAAGUGGCAUCGGAGAAUAAUGUCACUUUCUCACUCUGAUGUUCGUUGGUGUUCGCUGUCCAAGGAAAAUGUUGUUAUCAUCGACCGUUGCGGGCGAUACCCUAAUGUGCCUCUCCUUGGCAUAAGGGGAGGUAUUACUUAUAAUCCCUCAUUGGCCCUACGCCAGUUCGGUUAUGCUCGAAGAGAUGGUAUUCAUCAUAUGCUUAUACAAGGCAUUGUGUUCAACUAUGAGGAGGAUCCUCAAGGCCACCGUCAGAAGUUUAUACGUGCUUGGGACAUGGUGAAUAGGAUUGACAACAAGAGCUUGGGACAAAAGAACUCCAUUCCUUUAGAGGCUUACCUCAGAUGGGUUAUUUCUCAUCCUGACAUGCCCUCUGAUAUUGAGGAACUGAAGAGAUCUUGGAUCCAAUUGAAGGAAGAAAGGGACACCUUUGAAGCUCAAUUCCGCGCCAAAGAGAAGAAAGUAUUAGAGCUCACAAGGCAACUUCAGGAUGAGCAGAGUUUCUAUGACAAGACACUCAUAUUCUCGCUGUUUAUUUCAGCUAAGAAAAUGAAUCCUCUCGAGAAAUCAGUUAAGGAUCUGCAAGUACAGAAUGCUGAGUUCCAAGCCCUGAUUUUGAAUCUGGCUAAAGGGAAAGAAGAGCUGAAGACACUCUUACUAAGAAUGAGAAGAAGACUAAGAAGCCUGUGGGUGUUUUCAACAUGGGAAGAAGGUUCCGAGGCCCUCUCAAAAAGGUCAAAGAAGUCGAAAUCCCAGAAGAGACUGAACAAGAUGACAAUGGUAGUGGCAGGACUGAUUAGAAGAGCAAUGGUUCUGUCAAGCAAGAUGAAGAAGAGGGAGAGUACUACGAUGACGAAGAGUAUCCGGAGGAUAAGUACAGACAGUUAG